AUGGCUUUCAUUAUUUCCAGAGGUGAAUCUACUUUCUCAGAGACUGAGAAAUCAAGUCUUGAAGAACACCUAGAGGGCAAGGACUCUGCAAUAGUGGACAAAAUCUCAUCCGAGCUCCAGUUGAAGUCAUCUUUGUCAUCCAAGGCCUCAUCUCAAAGCCUGAGCAAACAAGCUGUUCUUCAGCGCAUCCGUCAGCGAAAGCUGCUUAACAAAAUCAAAAGCACUGUUGAAGGUUUUACCAGCAGCUCCGAAGGCAACACGGCCACGGAGCAGAGGUGGCUCCAGCAAGAAGACUCUUUCUCUGCACCUUGA